CCCCGCCCGCUGACGUCACGCCGCGGUGAAGAUGGCGGCGGGCCCGGGUCGGGAGCUGUGAGCGCCCCGGGCCCGCCAACAUGAGCUGCUCGGCGGACGCCGUGAAGGACAGGCUGCUGUGGAACGUGAAGAAGGAGGUAAAGCAGAUCAUGGAAGAAGCUGUCACUCGGAAAUUUGUACAUGAAGACAGCAGUCACAUCAUCGCCUUAUGUGGUGUGGUGGAGGCGUGUCUCCUGCACAUGCUGAAGCGCAGGGCUGCCGGGUUCCUGCGCACCGACAAGGUGGCCGCACUCUUCACCAAGGUGGGCAAGACCUGUGCCAUAGCUGGAGACGUGUGCAAGAAGGUGCAGGAGCUGCAGCAGCAGGUAGAGAGCAGGAAAAAUCAGCCAAAUGGGCACGAACCCCUCAAAAGGCAGGGAUCAACCACAAGCAAAACACCUGUCCUGACACCUCAGGCCAUCAAACACAUCUGGGUUCGGACAGCCUUGAUUGAGAAGGUGCUGGACAAGAUUGUGCAGUACAUUGUCGAUAACUGCAGUAAAUAUUAUGAAAAAGAAGCUUUACUGGCAGAUCCUGUUUGUGGCCCAAUACUGGCUUCGCUGCUAGUUGGACCCUGUGCUCUGGAGUACACCAAGCUAAAGACAGCUGACCACUACUGGACAGACCCUUCGGCUGACGAGCUGGUGCAGCGGCACCGGAUCCACGGCACCCACGGCCGCCAGGACUCCCCCUCCAAGCGCCCAGCCCUGGGAAUCCGGAAGCGCCACUCCAGCGGGAGCACGUCGGAAGAUCGCUUUGCUGCUUCGGCGCGGGAGUACGUGGAGUCCCUGCACCAGAACUCCCGGACACACCUUCUCUACGGCAAGAACAACGUCCUGGUGCAGCCGAAAGAUGACUUGGAGGCAAUUCCUGGGUAUCUCUCCCUUCAUCAGUCAGCAGAUAGUUUGACAUUAAAGUGGACUCCAAACCAGCUGAUGAAUGGAACCCUUGGAGAUUCAGAACUGGAGAAAAGUGUUUACUGGGACUACGCAUUGGUUGUGCCAGUGAGCCAGAUUGUCUGCAUCCACUGCCAUCAGCAACCAGAAAGCAGAUGGACAUUAGUGCUGGUGAGCCAGGAUGGGACACAGAGGCCUCCGCUGCACUUCCCCCAGGGAGGGCACCUCCUCGCCUUCCUGUCCUGUCUGGAGAAUGGGCUCCUGCCCCGUGGCCAGCUGGAGCCCCCGCUGUGGUCCCAGCAGGGCAAGGGCAAGGUGUUUCCAAAGCUUCGAAAACGGAACAGCAACAAAUCAGUGGACCUGGAGGAGAUGCCAGCUGAGGACACAUCCACAGACUAUGUGUUCAGAAUUAUUUAUCCUGGACACAAGCACGAUAACAUAACUAUUAACUACCACCACUUAGCUGCCAGCCGCUCUACCUCUGUUGACGAUGAUGAGGAGGAGGAAGAUAAGCUACACGCAAUGCUAUCAAUGAUCUGCUCUCGGAACCUCACAGCUCCUAAUAGGAUGAAAGACACCAGUGAGAUGAUAGAGAUGCAAGGCUUUGGGGCAAACCUGCUGUCGUGGCAGCUGGAGCACUGCAGCCAGGGCUCCUCCUGUAUCUCCUGUUCCACGGGCAGCUCUCCCUACGACAUUCCCAGCUGCUGCAACUGCAUCCAUGACCGAACUCCACUAAAGAUGUUGUGUGAAAGCAUGAAGAGGCAGAUAAUUUCCAGAGCCUUUUAUGGAUGGCUGGCGCACUGCCGGCACCUGUCCACGGUGCGCACGCACCUCUCGGCGCUGGUCAACCACAGCAUCGUCCCCCCCGACAGACCCGCCAGCGCCGCCGCCGGCCUCACCAAGGAGGUCUGGAGCAAGUACCAGAAGGACAAGAAGAACUACAAGGAACUGGAAUUACUAAGAAGAGUUUACUAUGGCGGGGUCCAGCAUGAGAUACGGAAGGAAGUGUGGCCGUUCUUGUUAGGUCACUACAAAUUUGGCAUGGCCAAGAAGGAGAUGGACCAGGUGGACGCAGACAUUGCUCUGAGGUACCAGAAGGUGAUGGCUGAGUGGAAGGCCUGUGAGGUCAUUGUGAAGCAGCGAGAGAAGGAGUCGCAUUCGGCCACGCUGGCCAAGUUUUCGUCAGGCAGCAGCAUCGACAGCCACGUCCAGCGGCUCAUCCACAGGGACUCCACCAUCAGCAAUGAUGUGUUUAUAUCUGUGGAUGAAACGGACUCAGUGGAACAGGACCCCAAAGGGCAGGAGGACCCCGCGCUGACGGCGGUGCCAGCCCCGGCAGCCGUGGAGUUCGACUCGCCCGACUCGGGGCUGCCGUCCUCCAGGAACUACUCGGUGGCCUCGGGCAUCCUGUCCAGCAUUGACGACGGGCAGAGCGGCUCCUUUGAGGAGGGGGCCGAGGAAGAAGCUGGCACUGAGGUGGCAAGGACUGAGCCAGGCACACCCCACGUGCAGAGAGCCAAGCCAGGGGUGCUGCAGUCCCAGGACUCUGUCUCAGAGGAGCAGCUGUGUUCCCAGGUGGAUUAUUUAAUGGAUGUCGCUUCUGUCUGCGCUGCGUCCUACACAAUAGAGUUAUUGGACACUGUUGCCUUAAAUUUGCACAGAAUUGAUAAAGAUGUCCAGAGAUGUGACCGGAAUUACUGGUAUUUUACUGCUGAGAACCUGGAGAAACUCCGAAAUGUCAUGUGCAGCUAUGUCUGGGAGCACCUAGAAGUUGGUUAUGUCCAAGGCAUGUGUGACCUCCUGGCUCCUUUGAUGGUUAUUCUUGACAAUGAUCAGCUGGCCUACAGCUGCUUCAGCCACCUGAUGAAGAGGAUGAGCCAGAACUUCCCCAAUGGAGGUGCUAUGGACACACACUUCGCCAACAUGCGGUCCCUCAUCCAGAUUCUGGACUCAGAACUUUUUGAAUUGAUGCACCAGAAUGGAGAUUACACUCACUUUUACUUCUGCUAUCGCUGGUUCCUGCUUGACUUUAAAAGAGAAUUGUUGUACGAGGAUGUAUUUACAGUGUGGGAAGUUAUUUGGGCAGCAAAGCACAUCUCUUCAGAACAUUUUGUCCUUUUCAUUGCCUUAGCACUUGUGGAAGUUUAUCGAGAGAUUAUCCGUGAUAACAACAUGGACUUCACUGAUAUCAUCAAGUUUUUUAAUGAAAUGGCUGAGCACCACGAUGCUGCGGAGAUCCUGAGGAUAGCCAGAGACCUUGUCUACAAAGUGCAGACACUGAUUGAGAACAAGUGACCGUGGGCAGGCUGUCCCCAGGGCCUCGCUGGGAGCCACUGGAUGGAGCAUUCCUUGCACUGUAAUUCCCAAUGGCGUUUUAAUUGCAUCUUCCAUGUAAUUUAAUAAAUAGUGAGGAGAUGGUAACAGACUUUUAAAACCCAAACUUUCCCUUCACCAGACGAGGCUGGCGUUUGAUAGUCCUUGUUACACUCACUUUGUAUUUCUAGACAAAAUCUUUUUGCAUUCUCUAUUUCCCUCUCUAGAAGACAUCUGUCUUCAUCUUUGCGAUGUUGAAAGGGGGGAUUUGACCUACUGCAACAUUUCUAUUUUGACUUACUGCACCUUUAAAGCCUGGAUGCACGUUGUGUGCUCUGCCAGAAGCUGCCAUGGAGGCAAGGCCAGGUCCACUGUUGGAAGCAUUGGAUUGGGUCCUUGGAGGAGCAUGGUCCUGGACUCCCUGUCUUUGCCUUGAACAUGGAAGAGAAUGUGUCUGAGCUCAUGUUGCUAAAACAUUUGGGUUUGUAUUUAGCAGUGAUUAAAGUGAUAAGGUUCCUGGCUAGGAGAAUGGCCUUAACCUAAGUUCAUGGGAGCAGUUGAUGAGCUCAUUAGCUAAAACCCCAGUUUGGCCUUGGCUGACUGGCUCACACUGCUCAGUCUUCGUGGCCCACACAGACCUGCCUUUGUUUUGCUUUGCAAACUGACCCUGUGACCACUCCCAGCUGCCAGGACCUGCUCUGUGCUGUUCAGGUGAGCAGGUUCAGCCCACAGACAGGGCUCUGCUCACGCUGGCAGCUCCUGCUCCCUGUGCUGUGCAGAGCCACGGAGUCACAUCCCAUGGAGAGCAGAUGGCAGUGCCCAGUCUGCUCCAGAUCACUCAAUGCACACUCCUCCUCCUCCCUGCUCUGCAGAGCUUUCUGGGAGGAGUCUCCAUGGGAUCCUGCAGACACAAACCUGGCGCUUGUCUCUGCGAGCAGGAUCAGCCCUUGCCAGGUGAAGGAGCUGGAAUUGCUGGGGGGCUCUGAGCUGCUGCUGCAGCCCCUGCUGGGUGUGGGGCCCUGCUCUGGGCCCUGCUGAUCCCCAGUCCUAGCAGUGCCCAACCUCCACAGCCUCUGUGGCUGCUUCGCAGUCCCAAAAGUGCUCCAGGUGCAUCUGUCCACUUGAAAGCUGAAAAAGUAUUUUUAAAAGAAUGAGAAGAGUGAGAAAAACCUCCAACUCCCAGAGCCCGGGGAGUGAUGGAUGUACAGAUAAUACUGCACUAUUUUCCUUUGGUAUGCUGGGAAUGUUCUGUACAGCUGUUUCACACAAAUCCAGUCUGUGAACUUUGCUGUAUUUGUUAGAACAUUCUAUCUGAUUGGAUUUUAUCAAUGUUGUGUAUUAUUUAUUUUUGUUGGGAGCAGACUAUUCUCUUUAUUGCUCAAUUAUUUAUGUUUAAAUGUAACUUAUGAAUAAAUACUUAUUGUCAAGGCA